CAUUCUGCAUUGUUGCCACCAAGUGGAAAAUGGCUGGGUUAUAACAACAUAGAGCUGUCAUUGUCUCGAAUAUUGAACAGUUGAAACAAAAAAACUUUCGUAUUUAUUGAAAAUGUCUCAUGUUCAGUAUGUAGAUGAACUCGUUAAGGAAUACUUGUUAUUCAGAGGGUUUAGUCAGACGUUAAAAGCCUUCGAUAACGAUCUCAAAGCUGAAAAGGAGAAGGGAUUUAGAGUUGACAAAAUAGUUGAUCAGCUGACACAGUACAUAUACAACUACGAUCUAAAUGCACUGAGAGAAUUAUGGGGCCAUUUGGAUUUGAGAAUGUUUUCUCGUCUUGAGAAUCAUUUCACACCUGGUAUAAGAAAGCUGGAAAAUGCUGUAUUGAAAAUGUACCUGGUUAACGCGGCGGUUAACAACAAACAAGAUCGUAUCCAAGAGUUCUUUAUUAAAAUGGCACCGGAGCUCCAGGGUCAUAGCGAAUGGAAGGAAUGGUUCGCACUGCCAUUUAUUAAAAAUCCCGAAGAUAAUCCUGUUUACUCGGUUCACUUCAGCAGGCAGUGGCAAGACACCAUGCUCGUUUCGUUGCACAAUUUUUUAGCUACAAUAUUCCAAUGUAUGCCACAGCCGACGUUGCUAGCUAUAGAUGAAGAUUCGGUAAGACUUAAGCGUCUCCAGGAGGAAAAUGACACUCUGAAACAGAAACUUGCUGAUGCGGUUAAACCAGAGACAAUAUCAGAUGUUAAUGCAGGACCUGUACCUCAGCAUCCACCAAUCAUGGAUGAUUUUUAUAUCAUAGCUCAAGAAUCACCUUUAACAGAGAAUCCGAAGACGCUGAAAAACUUGAUAAGAAAUAUAGGUGGCAGCUCUAGUCCCGUACUUGGUAGAAAACCUAUAGUGAGCGUUAAAAAACAGAUGGAAACUGAACAGAUCACCAAGAGACUAAACACAAAAUGUAGAAUAAAUUCGCUAAGCAAGUCAGAAGCUGUUGCCAAGAGAAGUAUCAGCUGUGAUUCAAGAUUGAACAGUUCUAGGAAGAGAGAUUCUUCCAUAGACGCGGCAUUUGAGAGAAAAAAUAAAGAGAAAAUCGACGCCAGCUACAUUCUUCUUAGUCAAGAAGAAUACACUGAACACAAAACGUCAAUUAUUCAAUGUAAGAGCAACGCAAGUGGUUCUUACGUCGCGACUGGUGACGCAGAUGGAGUAAUUAAAAUAUGGACACCGAUUCCGUCCCCAAAAACAGUCGCCACUUUCACAUCAACAACGGCAAAUUCCAACAAUGCCAUAACUGCUCUAGAUUGGAUAUCAAAGAACGAAAGAUACUUUUUGCACGGAGACAAUAACGGAAUAAUUCAAUUGCACGACACAAGGGAUAGUAAAAGAUUAUGGGAAAUCCAUCACGAAGGUUCCCGAAUUGUAACGUUGAUAUGUAAUCCAGCCGAAUCUACUUUUGUCUGUUCGGUGCAAGGUUCGGUGUCAGAUUCCAGUGAAGGGAAACUACUGCUCUACGAUAUAAAAACAAGGAAACUAGAAAGAACUCUACCAUUAGACCAAAACUUGACUGCCCUCUGUUCCACGUUCAAUCACAAUGGACAGCUAUUGAUAACUGGUCUAUCUAACGGUAAUAUCGUUAUGCACGACUUGAGGAGGAACGAAAUAAUAGAUAAUUUUAACUGCCAUUCAAGUCCAGUGAUUGACAUCGAGCUGAUAAACGACUUCACAAAUAUUUGCGCCCAAAGCGAAGACGGUAGAUUAUGUCAAAGAAAUUUAAAUCAGACAAACAAAAAUACGUGGGAGAUGAAAAUUAAGGUGGAAAAAAAUUCAGUACAUGGAAAGCUAUUCGCUUUUGACCAAAAUGGGAGUCACAUGCUGAUUUGCACACAAUCGGGCGGUAACAUUUACAAGAUGCCACCUGGUACGCAAAAAGUAUUGGAACUUGGGGGCCAUAAUGGCACGUUAUGCUGCGACUGGUCGACGGCAAAUCAAUCUGGAACCUGUAUCACAGGGGGAGCUGAAGGGAAAGCCAGAGUAUCGACUCUACUUUCACCAUGAUAUAAAAAAAAGGGUUGAACAGAUGUUGGUAGUCAUUGUUAAAAACCUUGGACAUGAAAUCUUAGUUCAAACACGUGAUUGGACAACCACAAAAGAAGCUAUUAUGGAUUUCGAUUGGACGACCAUUUUCAAAUAGACAAGUUUUUUAAAGAGAAAAUAGUUCUCAGGUGUUAUUUCUUAGGCAAUAAUAAAUUGUUACUGAAACAGUAUUGAAACAAUUUAAAAGAAAUACUUUAAAAACCUCGACAAGCCGUAAUUUAUAAAAUUAGGGUAGUUUGUAAGCGGUUGAAUGUUUUAAAAUGUUAUUGAUAUGUUUAAUAAUAAUGAUAAUUCGUCCAAAAAUAAUUGACAAAAUUGUAUAGUUCUAAUAUAAUAGAUUUGUGGUCAAUAAUCAGAGGAGGAGGAUACACAAAUGCACGUUGAAUAUACCUAUAUUGUAAAUCAUGACAUAUACUGUGAUGUUGAUAAUGAUCUUUGCAUAAUUGUAGAUAAAUUUUAUUACACGACUGAAAAAUAAAAAGAAAAAGAAUAUUGUAAGCAUGUAAAUCGUGAAUUUUGUAAAAUACGUAACAAGAAACUUCCAAAAGUAUUCAUUACUUUUCUUUGUAUUUUUAUUCCAAAUCUAGCGUUUUUCCUCAAAUUAUAAUGUAGUACGUACGAUGCUCUGUAAUUUUAGAAAUAUACACUUGAUAUCAUGAUUAUUGAGUUUAAUGAGUAAUAUAGAACAAAAUCGCAGUCAUAUAUUGAAAUAUAAAACGGCCGUGGCUCGAUAACUAUAAAUAAACUGAAGCUAUUAUCAACAUCAA